UUAGGAUCUGAUUUUGUGGUGCCACUAAGUAGCUUUGUCAUCUGUCUACAGGGUGAGAAGACUGUAUUGAGCAUGCAGUCUUUUCUCCGCUGCAAUGUUAAAGAUUAACGUUUACAACUAAAGGACAGUAAUAGCCAGUGAUGCACUAGCCAAAGGUCUCAUAUAUUAUAUAUUGUUCCCUCAUUUGAAGAACGCCACUUGUUGGAAUAGUACAAAGAGCAGACUGGGCACGCUUUACAGACAAACAUGGGGAAGAUGGGGAAACCUUUACUUCUCCUUUUUGCUUUUUUAGCUUCUUCGUACUGUAAUUCUGUCCCUGGGAUUAACACGGCUGUAGUAGAUGUGAGAGAAGAUCGUCCAGUAGGUGCAUUUGCGUUUCAAAUCGAAGCAUCUGAUCCAGAUGGUGACCCUCUAACAUAUGGUAUCACUGGGAUAUACUCUAGUCAUUUUGAAGUCAACAGUGAGACUGGUGAAGUCAAAAUGAAGAGUAUGCUGGACAGAGAGGCAAAUGACCUCUUAAACAUAGAGGUUGUGGUGAAUGAUGGCGUUCAUGCAGAUGUGACAAAAACCGUUUAUAUUGCUGUUUUAGAUGCUAAUGAUAACCCUCCAGUAUUCCAAAAUCUGCCCUAUAAUAAAGAGGUUCCAGAGAAUGAACUUGCUGGCAGUACACUGUUCACAGCAAACGCCAUUGAUAGGGAUUCUGGCAUGGCUGCGGUUGUGACUUACAAAAUUGAUAAUGUGGCACCAAAUGAAGGGACUAGCCUAUUUUCAAUCUCUGAGACUUCUGGAAUUGUUGUCCUGGAGGGAACUUUGAGCUUCACUGACAAAAGUCCUUUCUAUCAGAUACAAGUCAUUGCAUCUGAUGGUGGUGGGCCACUGAAUGAUCAAGAAAAUGUGGUUCAGUCCUCAUCAACAUUUGCAUUCAUUACGGUUAAGGAUAUGCCAAAUCUCGACCCACAGUUUCUGACUUUACCAAACCUUGCUGCUAUUGAUGAGAAUUCAGCUGUGGAUACGUCAGUCUUUACUGUGAGAGCCAGAGAUCCAGACACUGGGGUCAAUGACCAGAUCCUCUACAGCAUUGAAAGUACUAAUGCACCAGACCUGUUCCAAAUCAAUGACGUGAAUGGUCAAAUAUCUAUCAAAACUGUAUUUGACCGUGAAAAAUUACUGGAUAUAAAUGCUGUUGUAAUUUUGCAAAUAAAGGCAAGUGAAACAAAUCUUAAUGUGGAUGGAAUUAUUGCAAGCACAAUAGGAGAACUACAGAUUUCUAUUGGAGAUUUGAAUGACAAUGGCCCUGAAUUUUAUGAGUGUGAAGGUGAAACUGAAAGCUGCACACAGAAAAACAGCUUCAUAGGCCAAGUUGAUGAGCAGUCAUCUGCAGGACUGUCAGUAAAUGAACUGAAUAUUAGAGUCAAAGAUCCAGACCAGGGGCAAAACAGCACGUUCAAGCUCCGUCUUGAGGGACCUGAUAAGGAUGCGUUCGCUGUCAGUCCCAGCACUGGGCUGGGAGAAAGUAUUGUACAAGUGAUAAUAAAAGAUCCAUCUGCUGUUGAUUAUGAGAAGAAUACAGUAAUGUCUGUUCAGAUUAUUGCUGAAGAUGCUAGUGCAGACUUCACCUCUACGGCCUCUGUCAUCAUUAACAUCAAUGAUGUAAAUGACAACUUUCCUGAGUUUGAGGAGGAUGCUUAUGAGUUUUCUAUUGAUGAACACUGUGAUGAUGGAACUGUUGUGGGCGUCAUUACUGCAACAGAUGAAGAUGCCUUGGAUGAAGGCAAACUCACUUACAAAUUGAUGCCCGAAAACAUGCUGGAGUUUUUCGAUGUUCUUCCAGAAUCUGGAACUAUCUUCGUAAAAAAUGGACAGCUUCUUGACAGAGAAGGCACCAAUUCCUACUCACCCACCCUGCAGGCCAUAGAUUCAGAUGGCAAGAUUGGUACCACUGUUGUGAUGAUCAACAUUCUGGAUAUUAAUGAUCAGACACCAGAAAUGAACAGAGAACUUUAUGAGGCCUAUGUACAAGAGAACCAAAUGUUAGAGCUUACAAUCCAGGCUAGAGACGGAGACGACCCAGGUACACCAAACAGCAAAAUCCAGUAUCGCAUUGACGACAGCCCGUUCAGUAGUAACUUUACCAUAGACAAAGUCACUGGUUUGCUUAAAAACAGUGGUCUAUUGGACCGUGAGGCUAUUGACCUUGCCCCAGAUGGUGUGAUUGAGUUGGUGGUGAUCGCUUCAGAUAUGGGCACACCAUCCCUGUCCUCCACAGCCAAAGUGACCAUCAACAUUGGGGAUGAAAAUGACAAUUCUCCAAGGUACCUUGAUCCUGCUCCCUACGAAUUUAAAGUAAAGGAAAGUGAAAGUGGCAUAUGGGUUGGCUCUUUGCGGGCUCACGAUGCCGACCAAUCAGACUUCAAUAAUCGUAUCUUCUUUAGCAUUACUGAUGGCAGUUUUGGAAGUUUCAUAUUAUUUUCUGAGGCCAUCAGUGGAGGUUACAGGGGAAACAUCACUGUUGAUCCUGCUGUUGAGCUGGACUACGAAAGUGAACGGAAGACAUACGAUCUAAUGGUAGAGGCCUCAGACUUGGGUCAGCAAAAGGUUAAGACUACAGUCAAAGUAAUAGUGGUUGAUGUGAACGACACUCCGCCUGAAUUCCCAUCUGACAUGGUCCUGAAUGUAAAAGAGAACAGCACCUUGUCAAUGCCUCUGGGCACAAUCAAAGGCAAAGAUGUGGACACUGAACACUUUCUAGAAUAUGAGCUUGAUUCUACUGAAUGCCAGUGCAAUGGCAGCAGAGGUCCAUGUCCCGAAGAGUGGUUCAAAGUUGAACUUAACGGUGAAGUAAUAACUAAUACCAUCUAUGUUAUUGACUACGAGAAAUGUGAUAAAGUGUUCUUGAAUGCCAAGGUGGUGGAUGUUUUAACUGAGAAGAGGAGUGACAGUACUGAAGUUGUAGUCAUUGAGAAAGUUGAGGUGGGCUCAUCUGUCGGCAGAGUUUAUGCCACAGACAGAGACACAGGAGAGAACAAGAAAACCAAAUUUGAAGUUACCACGGUGGACUUUGUCGGCAGUGAAGGGAAUUCCUCAGAGAGUUUGUUUCUCUACGCUGACUCUGCUGAUCAGGAAGAUGCUGAUGGAAGGUUCAGUGCACAUAUAAGGUCCCAGAAGGCAAUGGAUAAUAAUAAAAGAGGAAAGUUCAUAGUGCAGGUGAAGGCGUCUAACCCUGAUGGUCUCAGUUUCACCUCUGUGGUUGAGCUUCUCACAGUUGACAGCUCCUACAGAGUCAGUCUCAGAUUUAGUGCAUCUGUGUCUGAAGUCAAUGCGAAUUUGCCUCAAAUCAGAGCGAUUCUGAUAAGUGCUACAAAAGCAACAGUUGAAUUCUUCAAUGUGUUUAGUGAGACAGUUACCCGAUCUGAAGAGACAACCGUUUUGGAGGCUUAUUUUGUGUUCCCAAAUGGCACAGCUCUUAACUAUGAUGCAGUGACCUCAAUCCUGAAUUCAGAGGAGGUCUAUACGGAAUAUGGAUCCCAACUAACUCAGCUUGGAUUUACUGGCAUUUCAACAACUGUUACCGAGUCUACAGAAGUGAAGGCAGAGGUAUUCAUCAUGAUUGGUUUGAUGGCUGCACUGGCGAUCGUUCUUGUUGUAACAACCACCUCUCUCGUGUGCAUCAGAAGAAAUUACAAGAGGAAACUAAAGGCAGCCAAAGCCAUGAAUUCAGCAGCCUCAGUGGUCAUAAAGAAUCAGAAGACCGGCCCUGUUGUUCCUGGAACCAACAAAUACACCAAAGAAGGAGCAAACCCAGUGCUGAAUAUGAAUAUUGACACGGCCACAGACCUAGGCUUUGAUGAAGAUGGCUCCAGCGCAGACAGAGAGAGCCUUAAUUCCCUGGACUACAGCAUUGAUAUGACCAUGACAGAGAAAGACACUAUGCCAAUGACGGUAAUUCAGGAGGAAGAGGAGGAGGAUGAAAGGAAUGAAUCUCCAUACAUUGAGCCUCUGGGUGCUGCACUUGCCCAGCGAGAAAUGAGGAGAGGUGCAGACAGCCCCGGUCUCACUUUUGCAAACCCUUCCAUAGACACCACUGAUCUCUAAGAUUCAGUCUCUGACCUCCACCUAUUUGCCAUUUUUUAUAUGUGAUCCUGCCAAAAAAGGAGAAAAGACUCAAUUUCACAGUAUAUUCCAUUUGGAUAAACUUUAACUUUAAAGUUAACCCACUUUAAAUCACCAAUGCACUUUGAAAUGUAAGAGAGAGAAAAAAUCUCAAUGCACUAAAAACAAGCAGUAAUUCAAACAGUAUUUGAAAUUAAAUUGUAGGCCUACUUACAUUAUUCUCUAUUAUUUUCCAUCAUUCUUUUUUCAUAUUCUGAACUUUUGGAUUCUCCUAUAUGUAAUACCUGUUCCUUAAUUGUAUUGUUUUGUCAUACAGAAGAAUCGAACUCUCUUAAAAAAAAUAAACAAAAACAAAAAAACUAAGCUGCAUCAACAGAAACUAAACUAAAACUGCUUGUGUAUCCUGCCAAAUAUUACCUGGCACUAGUCUGCUAGUUUAAGUCUGAGUCAAAUCAAAUCAAAUCAAAUAAAAAAAACAUACCUUGCUAUGCCAGAUUGGUGACCAGGGUGUAUAUAUAUAUAUCGUAAACUGUCUAUAUAUGGUGUAUUGUUAUAUGUUCUAAGUGCAAUCAUUCGAUAGCAUGUUCUGUGAAUUAAAAAAAAUAGUUAGGUAUUUUUCUCUAAUAAAAUUGAUCAUAUUAUUAA